CCGAUAAUCGGAAAUCAUUCGUCUACAUUCCGACAUCGGUAAAUAUAUUAUUAUCGCCAUGGAAAGCAAAGGUCGACCGGCGUCUAAAAAUCAAAAGAAUUCCCUUGUGACAGCUUAUCUUGUUGCUUAUAAUGUUGCUCAAAUAUUAGGAUGGAGUGCUUUGGGCAUAUUAUUGAUAAACCAUCUUGUGAAAAAGGGUACAUAUGUUGGAUUGUAUCACGAUGUGUCAGUCCUACUCUAUAUAUUCCAAACAGCUGCAGUUUUGGAGGUACUUAACUGUGCAGUAGGAUUUGUCAAAUCAAAUGUAGUGCUGACUGGUUUCCAAGUGUUUUCUAGAGUUUUCCUCACAUGGGGCAUAGCUUACAGUGUUCCCUCAGUCCAGAAUAACAUAGGAGUAUGUAUGUUUUUAUCGGCCUGGACAUUGACAGAGGUCAUUAGAUAUUCAUUCUAUCUGUUUGCAUUAAUUGGAGAAGUUCCAUACAUCAUACAGUGGUGCAGAUACACAUUUUUUAUCAUCUUAUAUCCAGUAGGUGUGACUGGAGAAUUGCUUUCAAUUUAUGGAAGUCUAAACGAGGUGGUGGAGAAAAAGUUGUAUUAUCUAGAGUUACCAAAUAGAGCCAACAUAGCAUUCAACUUCUACUAUUAUUUAAUAUUUACCAUGCUGAUGUAUAUACCAAUUUUUCCACAGUUGUAUUUCCACAUGGUAGCACAGAGGAAGAAAGUCAUUGGUGGCAGAACAAAAUCAGACUAAAUUGUUAUAUGUGACUUUGAAACAUUUGAUACAUCACCAUUUUUAAAAUUUCAUAUAAAAGAUUUAUUUAUAAA